AGAACUACUACUAUAUUAGCCGGAGCCUCAUUGUCUAAAUUUGAUUUGUCCACCUCACACAACGCGCUACAAAUACAAAGACUACUACUAUCAACUUAUCACUAUCCUUAAUUUCGGGCACCUCGCUGGCUGCGCAAUCAAAUUAUCUAAAUUUGAUUUGUCUGUUGGGAAUGCCUCAGACUCAGAUAUCUUGCCUAUGUACAUCAUAUAACUCGCCAUACCUCAUUGGCCGCGCAAUCAAACUGGAGGUCAAGGUUCCAGGACUGGUAUUGUCUAAUGGUCGUCUCUCCCCUCGUUGGCAAUGCCUAAUCCUGUGCUAUAAACCUAUUUAACAGCAUUUCCCGAGAGUUCAAUCAUCCUCUCCUCCAUGUCAGCAUCUCCUCCAGGAGCCUAUGAAUAUAUCCCUGUAUCAGAUCAAAAUCAUGAUUCUAACGACCCUCAUAUUCAUAACCUCUCUGCUAUCCCAGACGACAACCUUAAUGCAGAAAAAACAGUCAGAGGAUAAAUGGCAGCGCGACCCAGUCAACCCCAGGAAUUGGUCUCCCGCAAAAAAAAAAGGACAACCAUUGCAAUCGUUGCGCUAUACACUUUCGUUACUCCGUUAGCAAGUUCUACACAUUGGCAUUCGAUAUUCAUUUCCUAUGGCGAGGCACUCAUAAUCUAAUACUGAUUACUACCCGUACCUGUGAAGGGUUCGGCAAUCCUCUCACUCAUCCUCGACCCUACUUCCCGUAAACAUUAUAACGAGAUUGUGAUUUUUCUCUGUGAUGGACGCAUUCACUGAUAAGCCUGUCGCUGCUGUCAGGUUUUUUUGCACGUAUUACGGUUGGUGCGCGUGCAGGAAUCGCAGCUGCACGUGGGAAUGGCUGUCAGUAUUCCGGAAGGAUAGAUUUGGGUGUAGCUCUCUGCAC